AUGCCUUUGGGAAUUCACAAUCCACUACCCUCGUCCAUGAGGAGCGAGUGUAAGAAAGCUGGAAAGAUUCUUGCUUCGUUCGUUGAUCCAAGACAAGCUUUUGGUCCCGACAAGAUCAUUCCGCCAGAGAUCUUGGCUGGUGCGAAGGGUCUCGCUAUCCUCUCGGUUCUCAAGGCUGGUUUCUUGGGAUCUGGUCGUUUCGGUUCCGGUGUCGUUGUUGCUCGACUGGCAGAUGGAUCUUGGUCUGCGCCAUCUGCGAUCGCAACGGCAGGKGCCGGAUUUGGCGGACAGAUCGGAUUUGAAUUGACAGAUUUCGUGUUUAUUCUCAACGACGCCGCUGCAGUGCGUACGUUCUCACAGGCCGGAAGCAUAACACUUGGUGGAAACGUCUCAUUAGCCGCUGGUCCUGUCGGUCGAAACGCCGAGGCAGCGGGGGCGGCUAGUACGAGAGGUGUAGCAGCCGUGUUUUCAUAUUCAAAGACCAAGGGGUUGUUUGCUGGUGUUAGUUUGGAGGGAAGUGUAUUGGUGGAACGCAAAGAUGCCAAUGCGAAGUUAUACAGCAGCGGUAUCAGUGCUCGCCAACUAUUAUCCGGCGCUGUCCCGCCACCUCCAGCUGCAGAACCUCUGAUGCGAGUACUCAAUUCUCGUGUGUUUUCUGGCAACCGGGCAGCUGGAGCUGACUCCAUGUAUAACGAUAUUCCCAUUUACGACGACUCGCAGGAUGAUUCACUGUGGGAAGGUCGUCGGGGCACCGCUUACGGAGAAGGACAACGAAGGGAACGUGCUGGAUCACGGGCGACAGAUACCUACGACGAGUACGAGUAUCGAGACCGACCCCGCCGAGCAACAACUUGGCAAGAUGACUACUAUGAUCGACCAAGUUCUGGAAACAUGAACCGUUCUAACACAACAAGAGCUGGAGGAUAUGGCAGUGGCGGCGGUGGUGGUGGUUACGAAGAUGAAGACUUUUUCAGUAAUCGCAAUAGACCUACCCGUCCAACCGCACCAAAACCUGUCUUUGGUCAAAAAACGGGCGCGGCAGCUGGGUUACGGGAGGACCAGGCAGUUGCGCUAUUCACAUUUGAUGCUGAUCAGGAGGGAGAUCUUGGUUUUAAGAAGGGCGAAGUCAUCACAAUUCUCAAGCGCACCGAAAAAGCAGAAGAUUGGUGGACUGGAAGAAUUGGCGAUCGGACUGGUAUUUUCCCAAGUCCCUACGAAGCCGACGGGGGGUAUGCCGCGAAACGAGGCCAUGUCCCAACCUUAUCCAUAAGUGAUGAAAAUCACCAUGUCACCGAGGCAAUUGGCCAUUUGUACGGUGACAGUUACGAUCGAGAUGCGAGGAGACUGAGCUUUCUGCCGACACCGCAGGGCGAAACCCUUUCAGUAGCGACGCCGAGUCCAGGUAAUGCAAGUUUAGAUGUCGGAAGGAGGGUAGGCGCAGACAACACGCUCAAGCCAGAAAGUGCUACGCGGCCUACGGUCACGAAACAACCGUCCUUUGAAAGAGAGCCGUCUUCACCAGUUCACUUGUCGCCAACAGAUACCGCCAACUCAUCGUUUCCGUUGACCGAUAUCGACUAUGAAUCCAAUCCCGAUGCCAUUAAGCAAGAAUACCAUACCCUCGCUGCCAUACGAAGAAUGUCGAUGGAUGUUACCGGGGACCCCGAUCUGCCGUCUUAUUCCAGUUUCCAGGUGCCCGCCAUUGCACCCUCUGCGUCAGACGACGAGGAUGAUGCCUCCCGGCUGUUCUGGGUCCCGGCCCGUCUGCAUCCAGAGCUUGCGCCCAAAGAAUUCAAGUCGUUCCUCGAGAGCAAAAAAGAACAGAUACAACGGAGGUCAGGUGACUAUUCAUCCAGCUUAGGCGUCGAACGAGAGGAUUCGAGAGGAGGUCUCCGCCGGAAACGAUCAAAGUUGUCACGGCAAAUCGACGAUUCGCAGGAAUAUGUUGACGGCGCAGAUCGUCUAGAAAGAAAGCGAGCAGAAGCUCAUGACGCGAAAGGAGACACGGCCAGGCCGAACUUACAAACAUUGGAAGAAAUUGUGAAUGAUAAGAAGCACGUGAAUAAAGAGACACUGGCUCUACUCGGAGGUAUUGAACAGCUUGAUUUAUCAUCAAGUGAAGAUAAGCCAAUCCUCCCUGCUGCGCCUCCGGGCCAUAGUCUCAAACGAUCUACGAGAACUCAGUACCGGAAAGGAAGUUUGAAGAAGGGCGAGCGGCUUCCUUAUUCAAAGAGAGUCGGAAGAACACCAGAGACGCUGGGGAAUGCGCUCUCUAGCACGCUGGAAGAUCCACCUGCUAUCAAACCUUUAAUGCGAUCGUCGACCGACCCUGGACGCAGUAUAUCGGAUCGCAAUAUAGAAGACCGACCCAAACCGGUGGCACCAGCGGCCCCAGCGGCCCCAGCAGCCCCGACACCAUCACCACCACCAUCCAAGAGUACUGCACUACCUCCAGGCAGCACAACGAACUCAACUUUCGAGUCAAUGUUAGACCCCAAGGCAGCAAGUUCAUCUCAGCGCCAGUGGCAAUCGCGCAUCGGCUCGAACGGACGUUCAACUGUGACUAUUCCUUCUGCACAAAUAGUACCUCAAAUAAUAGAAACUCCGCCAUCAUCAGACUCUGACCGACAGUUGCAAUCUGGGACCAUCCCUGACCGAACAUCCUCAAUCGAAUCCUCAUAUAACAAACGACAAGCGCCAUUAACGCAGACUCUUUCAGAUAUUGCAUCGCAUCCAUCGCCAUUACCGGGGAAUAGUAAUUCACGCACAGACAGUUUGUCGGUAAUACCGACUCUAGUUGAAGAAAAGCGAUCCGAUAGCAAGAAACACAAAGACAAAAAAGACAGCGAUGGAAGCCGUAAGUCAAGCUGGCCUUGGUCUCGUGGAUCGGAUGAUAAGGAAAAACGAAAGGAGGAUGGCAAAAAGAGUAAGAAACAACAACACAUUGGCGCUGAAAGAGCGUACGAAAAGCAAGAUAACACACGGCUUGACGUGCUUCAAAACUCCAUUGAUAGCGUACCUCGAGGUCGCGAGAGUCUGAUCUUGGAACGCCCUAUCGAUCAACGCUUGGAAGAAGAGCGAAGAAAAGAAAGCCAACGAAAAUCGUCAGACUCGAAAAAGGACAAGGAAUCAGGGCUACUAUCAUCGAUAUUUGGCGGCGGCAAGAAGAGAAGCGGAUCCGAUCACAAGAAGAGUCUUUCUCGAACAUUGUCCCCCGAACCGACAUAUGUACAAUUAAUACCGGACCAGGAUUACCCAUGGACGCGAUUUACGAUUAUGGAAGAGCGAGCUAUAUACCGCAUGGCGCAUAUCAAGCUGGCCAAUCCUCGUCGACCGCUUCACUCUCAGGUUCUUCUCAGCAAUUUCAUGUAUUCAUAUCUGUCCAAAGUGCAGAAGAUGCACCCGCAAAUGUCCAUCCCAACAUCGCCAGCACAGAGAGCUCAGCAACAACAGCAGCAGCAACAACAACAACAACAGCAGCAGACGGACCAACCAGAUGAGUAUACUCAGUAUCAACGUUACCAAGAGCAACAAUACUCGGAGCAGACCUACGAAGAAUACAGCUAUAGUUCCGAUGAACAUAGCGACCAAUAUGCGUCUGACCGGCAAGGUUAUGAAAAUGGUAACGCUUACGAUACGAACCAUCAGCAUUAUGAUGGGUCUUAUGGAUCCCUGGGCGACGCUGCACAGUUAGAAAGUGACGAAGAAAUGUGGUGA